AUGAAUAUGACUCAGAAGUUCCGCCGCGGCAAGUGCCCUCAGCUGAGCUGCAACUCCCCGUCGCGAGGGUUCCUAUGGGACCACCCUCACCUGGGGCACCUCUACUCGUUUGCCACAGGCAGGAGAAAGCGCCCCCACUCGUGCUUCCUUGCAUGCAUGGAAACCCCGGGAUGCGCGUACUGGAUGUACGACCUGCACUCGAAUAGUGGCGACUGUGUGCUCUGGUCCGAUGAGCAGAACCCGUGCCUGCCCGAGCCGGGCGGAGGGGAGGAUUCGGCGCAUUUUGACCCGCUGCCCACGCACAGUGUGUUUGUGGUGGGGGGCGGCUGCAACAGGGAAGUGCCUAAUCAAGUUUGA